AUGGAUUCGUCAGCUAGCUUUCCAUUGGAGUCAUCUCAACAACGUCCAGGAGCAAUGACUGCUACAUCAGCACUGAGUACCUUGACUUUCCUGUGUUCGUGUUUAUGUUACUGUGUCACGAUGAAUACAACAGCAAUUGCUUUCUCAGAGAACGAUGUCAUUUACAAUGUAAAGAUGUAUAUCAACAUUGUAAAUCCGCUGAGUACAGGUAUACAUGUGGAUAUAUCUGCUCCACUUACCUCAAUGUUUCAACGUAAGCAAGAACGUAUAGGACCAAAGGAGGUCAUCACCAUCAAUGUAGAUAAAACAGCCUUCCAAAUAAAAGGAACAGGCAAGAGUGACAAAGGAAUUAUCAUCCAUUCAAACGCUAGUGAGAUAAUUAUCACAGUACUUUCAAAGGCUCUUAAUAGUGCCAAUAUGUACUUUGCUAGAAAUCCAACGCAACUUGGAACCGAUUAUGCAAUCCUUACGUUUUGUAAUCAUUCGAGUAUUUGUCAGUUUGCCAUUCUUUCUCAGGAAGACAAUACUGUAACUGAAAUAGCCUUCCCUGGAUAUUUUUCUUCUUCGAUCGUAUUAGAUGGAAAGCAUUAUGGUCCAGGUGAUGUCAUGACCGUUACUUUACACGAAGCACAAAUUUUUCAAAUCCAAUCAAAGUCUGAUCUCAGUGGAAUUAAGAUUUGGUCAACUAAUAAAAAACAUUUUUCUGUUUUAUCUAGUAAUCCUAUUACUUUAGUUUAUAACCACAAAGGUCGUGAUCACAUAGCAGAUUCCGUACCUCCUUUAGAAGCUUGGGGAAAAGAAUAUAUUGUCGUUCGACGUCAUUUGACAAAAUUCAAACAGGAUUACGUUAAAUUUCUUGCAACAGCCCGUGGUGCUAACAUUUCAGUAAUGGGAUGUGGACCUGUUCUGCUUCAUCGUAUUCUUGGGUUUCAAACCUUCUCGUAUAACAUGACAUGUGAACGAAUUCAUAUAAUUUCUGAUGAAGCUGUACUUAUCGCUCACUUCCCUGUUGCUAAGCGAAAUGGCGACCCGGCGAUGUACUUCCCUACUCCUAUUUCCCAUUACGUCAGUGAAUACACUUUUUAUGUUCCAUCAGGAUUCAGUCAUUGUGCUGUUGCAUUCGUUGUUGAGACAAAGCAUGUUACUACAUUCGACUUAAGCAAAUUCAACGACUCCAUUUCCCACUGGGAUGAAAUAGAACAAUCAAUAUACUCAACAGGGUGGUUGAAAAACCUUCGAUCCGGUAUCAUGAGUAUAACGCAUACCUCACCAUUUGGUGGUCAUGUGAUAUGCGAAAUGAGUUGGGCAGUUAUAGCUUUAACUCUCGGACUUGGCAACCAGACUACAACCAAAUCACAGGAAUGCUCCUCGGCUUCCAACAUUGCUGAAAGCUCUGCAACACAAAUUGCUACAGGAAACACGGAAAGUCCUGGCAUCACUCGCUUCACGUCUGUACCUUUCACCGCCGAUAUCAACAAUACCUCGGCAACCAGUACAAUUAGUCCUGAAGUCUUUAGCACAGCUAAAGCUGUCACAAUCAACGGAACACAGUCAAAUACAAAUGAUUCAUCAUUGCAUUGUUUCUGUUGUCCAGCGUCAUCCUAUUCUAAUUCAUCUAGACCUUCAUCUGAAAAAAUGCAAGAUAUAAUUAACGAACUCAAGUCAACUCUUGAAGUGCCGAAGAAAAAAACUUCAGCCUACAUUCGAAAACUCACUAGUGCUUGGGAUGAAAGGAAGUCCUCUGCAGGAAUAGGUGUUUUUGGUGUUGUCAUUCUCUGUGUGGUAUUUGGAAGUGUCAUAGCAAUGGACCUAGCAACUUUAUUUCAAAAACGAAAGUCGGUUAAAGUAUUAAUAUAA